AUGAACUCGCAACGGCUCAGGUACCGGUACGCCGCGCACUCAGGCACUCAGGCACCAGGCCCCGGUCAGCACGCGGCUGCUGACUCAAAAGUCCCUCGUCCCUCAUCAUCGCAGUCUCUGGCACCAUCAAGGUCCGACUCAGACGGCAGACGGACUCUUCUCUUGGUCUACAUCCACGGAUUCUACGGCAAUGACCAGUCGUUCCAGUCGUUCCCCGCGCAUGUCCACAACGUGCUACGUGAGGCCUUGUCGGAAACCCACGCCGUGUACUCCAAAGUCUACCCUAGAUACAAAACGUAUAAAUCAAUCGAGGUCGCCAGCGAGAAUUUCAGUGCUUGGCUAGAGCCUCACGAGUCGCCCACAACCGAUGUCAUCCUCAUUGGCCACUCCAUGGGAGGCCUAUUGGCUGCUGAGGUUAUUCUCACGCCCAAUCGGAUCUCUUCCAGCCGACAGCCCUUGAGGCAUCGCAUUCUAGGAUCUCUGUCCUUGGAUUCGCCAUUUCUGGGACUUCAUCCAGGAAUUGUAGCCUCAGGAAUAUCAAGCCUCUUCCAUCCGUCCCCAACUCCCUCAAGCCAGGACGCCGCCUCAUCUCCUCCAGCUGACCUGGGGCCCUCAUCUCCCGCGUCAAUCAGUGAUAUACAAAAUGGACCGAGAGAUCCCAACUUCGACCCCCCAUACUUCAAUGACAGCCCAUUUCGAGAGCAGCCUUUCCUCGCCCGUAUGCUCAAUUUCGGCUCCAAACAUUGGUCCGAAGGCAUCUUCAGUGCUCUAGGUAAUCACGUCGCUGCCCACCUGGAAUUCGGCGGAUGCCUGGCAGACUAUCCUGGGCUCAAAUCCCGAUACAGCCAGCUCCGUGCUCUCGAAGAUGUUGAUGAUUUCCAAGCCUUGAAUAGUACCUCGUCCAACAGCUCGCGCAAUCGCGUUCGCUUUCUCAACUACUACACGCUGUCUCCUGGCCGCCCUAAACGGCCAGCGACAGCAAAGGGCAGUCGAGAUACGAGUCAGGUCGAUCUCUCGGCAGAACCUGCACCUGAGAUCAAGAUUGAGGACGAGAUAAACGAUAAGCUGGUUAACGCAAUCAUUUCGGCAAAGUUGGAAGACGAAGAAAAAAACCAGGUUGAUGCCAGUCUUUCUAAAGUCGAAACUCCUGUUCAAAACAAUGAUGAUGACUUGAAUGAAACAGCAACGACUCCUUUGGGGGCAAAAGAGGAUGGAAGUCUCAGCAAUGACGAUUCAAUUGCUAAACAAGAAGAGUUAAAAGAGCAGUCUAUCGAUAUGAACCGGCUAUCUAUGCAAUCCAUGCAAUCCAUGCAGAAUAUUGAUCCCAUUCCCAUCGAUGAAGCCGAACACAACCCUACCCAGCAAGAAUCAGAAAAACCUGCACCCAUUAUCUCAGAUAUCCCGCCAUCAUGCCCUUCCGCCGAAGACAAAGCCAAUGAAAAGAAUGAGAGCGAGAUCAAUCCAUCAGAAAACAAUCUCCCUCUACCAAACAUGGAUCUCCCCCCGAUCCCCGACCUCCCCAACCCCCCAGACCAGCCCGACCUCUCCCAAUACACAGACAAAGACUCCCGCAAACAAGCAGAAAAGGAAUUCAGCCGCCGCCAGAAAGCCUACGAGCAAGCCGCCAAAGACCGCAACAAGGCCCUUCGCGAGCGCGAAAAGCUUCUAGAAAAGCUCCACAAGAAGGCCCAGAAAGAAGCCCAAAGGGAUGCAGAUAGGCUAGAAAAGGACACCAAGAAGCAGCAGCAGAAAUCCGAACAAGACAAGAGACGCCUCGAAAAGGAAGAAGAAAAAGCCUCAAAGGCAGAGAAGAAGCGACUCGAAAAGGAGGCAACGAAACAGCAGCUCGCAGACGAAACCAAAACUAGUAGCGCCGCGGCAGCAUCGUCGACAUCCUCCCUAACCGCGUCCGUCGUCGCCUCUCCUUGUGCUGAGACGCAAGCUGAAACGCCGGGCGGCAAGCCCAAGAAGCUCGGCAAGUUUUGCACCACUCCGAGCAAGACGAACGGCGCCAUGGACCCUAUGUGGGUGAGCGUCUUCAUGGAUGGCAUGGACGAGGUGACUGCCCAUUGCGGGCUAUUCUUCCCGGGGCCGCAUUAUGACAGGCUGGUGGGCGAUGUGAGCGGUCGGAUUGUGAGCUGGGUGCAGGAUGAUCUGUCUGUGAGGGCUGUACUUGAAAUGGGGCCUGAUUAAGGUGGGUGGCCGCUGUCAAUAGAGGGAUAGAUAGGAGUAUGAUUCGCCAUGAAGUCGGCUACGAGAGCACAGUGAAGAUGUGAUAACAAAUGUUGGAUAAACAUUAGUUAGAAAUGGUUUGAUAACGUUGUAUUAACUAGUUUGUUGGUAUUCAUUGCAGUGCAAGUCAUUAAUUUUUUUUCCUUUUCUCUCAUAUAGAAAAUAUCAACAUUCCAAUCCAUAUACAUAAACUUUCAUAUAUACAAAUACAUGCAUAUCAAGAAAAAAAUCAAUUGACCAGUCCAGCCGAACACGCUAUUAGCCUUCCCCAAGUCCUCCAUACAACCGCGCCGUUCUUCCGUAAAUACAGACACCCAAGUUU